UUUCACCUGGCCAAGACCUGGUGCAGUGUCAGCAGAGACUGUUGACCCAGAGAUUUGCAUGGGGUGGUGCUGCUCAUGCAGGAGCAAAGGUUCCCCUCUCCAAGCACAAAAACAUUGUUGUACAAGGAGGAAAAGUAUAGGGAAAAGGCAGUUGCACAUGUGCAUUCAGAAGCUGCAAGCUUGACUUGCAAGCUUGGUCACUACCCCUUCCCCAGCUUCAAGUGGAACUAUGAGCAUGUGGCAGAACAUUUUUGCAGUGAAGAUUGAAGAAAUGCACGUAACAGAUCCGUGGACACUUCUGGGGGAUGAUACCCUGCAGGUGCAGGCCUGCAAGCCUGGCUGGAAGGAGUUUAUGCCGCGCCGUGCUCUUGGGAGGUUUCAGUGCUCCCAGUGCUUUUAUAACUGGUCUUCUGCCAAAGUGCACAUUGUGUUCCACAUGUACCACGGCCCAGGCUGGGGCACGGUGUGGAUGCGGAUCUUUCGCCAGAAGUGCAGGCGCUGCCCUAACUCCCGGCUGGAGGAUCCUCAGUUCAGCCCGGACACUGUGGAGACAAUUCUGCACAACCUGGUGAUAAAGAUCCUCCAGUAUUUCUACAAGAAACCUGUCCACCCCUCUGACCUCCUGGAAGUCGUGGUGGAUAGACCAGUGACGGGGCCACACGACUGUGCCCACUGCGAGGCCUGCGAGCUCGGCAUUUGCAACAGGUCACAGAGGGCCCCGGCACUGGAUGCCUGGAAGCCCUUGAUGGGUGAGGACAAGGCCAGGAUGCACAGCAGCAAGCCAUGGGUGGCCUGGCCUUCAGAUGUCUGGAAGUCCUUAACAAAUAUGGGGGAGGCUGGAACCCAUCACACGGAGCCAUGGUCAUCCCUGGGAUCAGAUGACUGCAAGCCCUUGGUUGGUGUGGACAAGGCCAGCACCCAUCACACUACGUUGAAGUCAGCCCCAACACAAGUUGCCCGGAGUAAAACAAAAACCACGACAUCUCAGACCCUGAAACACCAGGGCUUAAGGCCCCAUGAAGCCUCGGCCCACCACCCCUCACCCUCCAACAGGAACUUCUCCUGGAAAUGGUGCUGCUGCAUUGGCAGUUCUUUGCUUGGUGUUUUGGCACUGAUCAUCUUCGUUGUGCUUUAUUUGACCAUCAUGUAGAGGGACCUGGAGAUCACAGAGAGGAGCUGGGGUGAUGGAUAGGGAAACUGAUGAACUGCUGGAAAAUUGGAUACCCAAGGUCAGCCCUUGCUCUUGGCUCAGCAAGCUCCCCAGCUCCCGGUGGCAUGGGAUGCCUCAGCCAGGCACCUUACCCAACAACCUCUGGAAGACUGAUGGGUCUGGUGGAUUCUUAUGAGACAUAUUCUGUAUGAGGAUGAAUCUCCCAGCUACCCUCAUUCUACCAGCACAGGAUGAGGUUUAUUACUUGCAGGAACAAAACAACCUCCUUCUCCUCAGCCCAGGAAUGCAUUUGUGCUUUUUAAUGUCUCAAAAGCCUUUUCUAGCUGUGUGUGGGCAUCUUGAAGGGAAGCUUGGGGCUGUUUUUAUCUCCCAGGGUGCUCUGCUUCCAGAGAGGCACAUGCCCAGUCUGCCCUGCCUUUGGCCAGCUGUCUGGGUACCUUGCAGAGGGAGCAAAGGGUGCCAAACUUGGCAAGUGCAAGAAGGCUGUGGCAGCAAGUCCAAAGUCUAGGCCCCAGUUAUGCAGAAAUUGCAAAUAUUGGGCUACAACGGGGAAGAUGCAGACUCUUGCCUUCUGCUACUUCACCCUUCAGGGCUUUAGGGACCUGGUGGGUGACUUAAGGCUGGGAGGAAACGUGCUGUCCUCAUGCAGCCUAACACCCUGACUCUCACCUUCCCAGCAGGGCAGCUGGGCUCCUGCAGAACUUGCCCGUGGGCACAGCAUGUCCUGUGGCCACAACUGAUUUCAGCUGGGAUGAGCUGGGAUGGAGAAAAUUUUCUUCUUUGUAGCUGUUACUGCACUGUACUUUAGAUUUAAUAUGGCAGUAAUAAUGUUGCUAGCACACUGAUGUUUUAGUAAUUGCAAGUAGUGUUUACUCUAAGUCCAGGACUUUUCUGUUUCCUGUGCUCUGCCAGUGGAGCAGGUGCACAGGGAGCUGGGAGGGAGCAGGGCCAGGACAGCUGACCAGAACUGGCCCAAGGGACUUUGCACACCAUAGAUCAUGCUGCUCAGUGGAUAAACUGGAGGAGUUGGCUGGAAUGGGCUGUUUGCUCUGGGGGAUGGGCUGGACAUCAGUCAGAGGGUGAUGAACAACUGUAGUGUGCAUUUCUUGUCUUUAUUAUGUCUCUCUCUAUCUCUCUGUUCAUGAUUGUUAUUAUUAUUAAUAUUUAUUUUAUUUCAAUUAUCAAUUGAAAUAUUGUUCUUAUCUCAAUUCACAGACUUUACCCUUUUCCAAUUCUCCUCCCCGUCCUGCUGGGGCAGGGUGGUUUGACUGAGUGAGAGGUUGUGCUGUACUUAGUUACUGGCUGAGCUCAAACCACAGCAACAUGAAUAAACUUUUGAAAUAGCCUGUAACCUGUACAUCACAAGCCCCAAACACAACCAUGGUUACCAAGAUCUGUUUUCUCCGGGACCCUGGGUUGAGCAAGUGGUGUUGGGGGGCCAAGGUGUGCCCUGUGAGAGAGAGCAUUGUGAGGGCUGUCACCUGGGAGUGCACUGGUGACACCAGGGAUGGGAAAUACAUCUCCAUGGGGUCACAGGAGAAUCCAGGAGAUGCAACCAUGCUGCUUACCUGAGUAGCAGAGUUGAAUUGACAACCUCCAAACAACUUUGGGUACUGAAAUAGAUUUUAAAUCUGUCAAAUUAGUCCAACAAGAAGCAGGCCUGCAGAACCACUGAGGCAGCUGUAUCCGUUCUCUCCUUGCUUUGCAAAUGAUUUGAUGCUGAAGAUGGGUAUGAUAUUAAAGAUUUUGUGACUGAAUUAGUGGAAGAAUGAUGGACCAAAGGAAAAAAAAAUAACCAAACUCAGUGUGGCUCACAUAGCACCAAUCCCUGGCUGUGCAGCUUCCCAUGUGCUGUCCUCUCCUCCCUGCUGUACCUUGAAGGGCCCUUUAUGCUGCUUUUUCUGCUACUGUAAAGUUCGUCUUUAUUCUCAGCUAGGCAACCUGCAGGCUAUUGGUUAAAAAAUAAAUAUAACAAGAAAUUGGUUAAAAAAAAAUAUAACAAGAAAAGACUGUGUAUUCUA